CACCAAAGUGCCAACCCACAAACAUCCACAAUAACACUCUCUUUUUCUCUCUCUUUUUCUCUCUAAAAACUCAAAAGAAUAAAAGAAUAAAAAAUAAAAGAGGGAAAGAGAAAGAAGGGGAGCGAUGCAGAUGAUCUCCAAAGCAUCUUGUGCCAUGGCUUCCCUUCCUUGCUCCAGGGUGAGGAGUGGGAUUCGCGUAAGGCCAGGCACGAGACAACUUUCCCUUAGAAAAGUUAUUGUGUAUGGAUUCAUGCGUUUGUUGUCCACACCGUUCAAAACCUUGCGUGGAGCAAGUCGAACACUUAAAGUUGCUCAAUUUUGCAGCGUUUCCAAUAUGUCUUCUUCAUUGCAAAUUGAAUUGGUGCCAUGUCUUAAGGACAAUUAUGCAUAUCUUUUACAUGACGUGGAUACAGGCACAGUUGGAGUUAUUGAUCCGUCUGAAGCUGCACCUGUUAUUGAUGCUUUAAGUCGGAAAAACCGAAAUUUGACUUAUAUACUAAACACUCAUCAUCAUUAUGAUCAUACGGGUGGGAAUGAAGAGUUGAAAGCAAGGUAUGGUGCAAAGGUAAUUGGUUCAGGAGUUGACAGGGAUAGAAUUCCUGGCAUUGAUAUAGUUCUGAAUGACGGGGAUAACUGGAUGUUUGGAGGCCAUGAGGUGCUAGUAAUGGAAACUCCUGGCCAUACCCGAGGCCAUGUAAGUUUCUACUUUCCUGGUUCGGGGGCAAUUUUUGCAGGAGAUACUUUAUUUAGUCUGUCAUGUGGCAAGCUUUUUGAAGGGACACCUGAGCAGAUGCUUUCAUCCCUCAGGAAAAUCAUGUCACUGCCAGAUGAUACAAAUAUAUAUUGCGGUCAUGAAUAUACGUUGAGUAAUUCGAAGUUUGCACUGUCCAUAGAUCCAAAUAAUGAGGCACUCCAGUCCUAUGCAGCCCAUGUGGCACAUCUUCGCAGCAAGAGUUUGCCAACUAUUCCAACAAAGUUAAAGGUUGAAAAGGCUUGUAAUCCUUUCCUUCGCACUUCAAGCACAGCAAUCCGGCAUACCUUAAAUAUUCCAGCAACAGCAAAUGAUUCAGAAGCGUUAGGCGUUAUCCGCCAAGCAAAGGACAAUUUUUAAGAUCACUUGCAAGAUUAUAUCUACUUGUCUAUAGGAUAGGUGACCCCGCCAUGUAUUAUUCUCUGCCAAUAUGUUCUUUUAUCUAGAGUUUUGAUAUCUUGAAUUUCCUUUGGAUUCUUUAACCACAAGAAACAGCAAAUCCAGUUGCCAGUAACAAAUGCUUUCUUCUAUUCGAAAAAUUGGUUUAAUUU